AAAUUCUUUUCAUUUUUUAUUUUCGGUUUUUGUUUUCAAAACAAUAAUAAUAUUCAUUCACUUCUUCUCGAGAUUUAAUUUAAAUUUAAUUAUUAACUGAAGAACUAAUAAGUGAAGUGAAGAGAGAGUGAAAGAAAAAUAAAUAAAUUGUGGACCAAAUGGCCGAUCAAAUCACUAAAAACAUCCAACAGAUUGAGUUUGAUUUGUCUGAGUUGUCGUCGAUGGAGUUGACAGCAAAACGACCGAAUGUUAAGGCAUUGUUGGCCACAGAAAUGAGUCGUUUGACACUUGAAAAGAGCGAACUGUUGGCCAAACGAAAACUACAACAACAGAAACAAACCGCCGAUAGCCUGGAGAAGACUACCGGAGAUGUCAGCAGAGGUUCGGUAACUGUCAACAGCUAUCUAUGGGAUCAGACCGACGACUUUGUCAAAGUCUAUUUAGAAGUUAAUGAUAAACAAACAGAUCUCAAAUCACUACCAAUUGAUCUGACAUUUUCCGCCAAUGCCAUGGGUUUGACCGUAAUUUUCGGUAAAUAUCGAUUUUCAUUGAACCGACUCUACGCUGCCAUUGUUCCCGACGACAGCUAUCAUAAGGUGACAAAAUCGGCUACGAAAUUGAUCAUCUAUUUGAAGAAAGCAGUAACGAAAAAACAGUGGCCAUCGAUUGACGAACAGAAAAGCAAGUUGAAGGAUCCAAUUGGUGACACCAACACUAACACCAGCAGCAGCAGCAACAAGGAUGAGAUGAACGCUGAAGAUCCAUCCGCUGGACUCAUGAAACUCAUGAAACAAAUGUAUGACGAAGGAGACGACGAUAUGAAGCGAACGAUUGCCAAAUCGUGGUACGAGUCGAGGAAUAAGACAUCAGAUGGUGGUUUAGACGACCCGAUGAGCCAAAUGUUUGAUACCAAAAAUCUUGGUAUUUAAAUGACACCAAUAGUUGUGUUGUUGUGUUGUUUAGUAGUCUAUUCGGUUUCUACGAUAAUAUUUAUAUCGAAAUGUUUUUUAGUUAUUUUUAUUUUAAAAAAUUAUUAUUAUUUUCCUAUUUUAAUGUCUACAAAAUGUUUUUUUCUAUU